AGAUGAACACAACUGUCAGGUCCAAGGAGGAGGGAGCAGUGUGAGUGAAAGAGCAAUUGGACAGGAAGGCCUUGACCCAGCAAAGACAGUGACCAGCCACAGGGAAGGAUUCAAGGUCUCCAUUAGAGACAUCAACUGCCAGACAAAAGUCCUUGGAGCUCUGUGUUUCCAGGAUGAUUCCCAGAUGGAGAACUGCUCAACUGGUGGGUCAGACAAGGAAUUUUGCUACAGCAGCAGCUGGCCAUGAAGAAGGAUCUAGUGCUAGGUUAUGGAAGAUUUUGAGCUUUGUGGUGGCACUUCCUGCAGUAGGCAUCUGCUGGCUGAAUGUGCAGCUGAUAAAGAGAGAUCACCCCCAUGAACGUCCUGAGUUCAUUGCAUAUCCCCACCUGAGGAUUCGGACAAAGGCUUAUCCAUGGGGCGAUGGAAAUCACACUUUCUUUCACAAUCCCCACACCAACGCUCUACCCACUGGCUACGAAGAUGUGGGCAGCCAUCACUGAGAGCCCCUUAACCUUCUUCUUCUUACUGGCUUCCUCUCUCUUAGUGAGAAGAAAGAGUUACAGCUGUUCAACACAUCUUUGAGACAGGUGUCUAUCUCUGGAGUCAAUAAAGCGCAUUUCACUGAACAUAUUGCCUUCCUU